GGCGGGAGGCUAUAAAUGAGCGGCGCGUGCUCCGGGCCUGCGUUUGGAGCAGCAGCAGCAGGAGGCAUGCGCGCGGUGCGGGAGGUGCGGGUGUGGCGGGAGGAGCGCGCGCGGCGGGUGUGGCGGGAGGUCCGGGUGUGCUGGACGCUGAGCAUCGCGGCCUGGACUCUCUGUGCUCUUCUCUCAGGGUCCGGAGUGAGCGCCCAGGCACCACAUCGCUGCUCGCUCGGCUUCUUUCAGUGUAGAGACAAAUCCGAUUGCGUUCUUUAUCGACAUGUGUGUGAUGGAGAGGACGACUGCGCUGAUGCCUCUGAUGAAGACGAGUGUCCCUCAGAGUGCAGCAUCGGGCAGUUCCAGUGUGCUCAUGGGAAACUGUGUAUCGGGAAGAAGCAGCUGUGUGACGGUGUGGCUCAGUGCCAGGACAGAUCGGACGAAGUGGGCUGUUUUAACCCGGACGAUGGCUGCUUUCAUCGCUGUAACAAAAAGCACUGCCUUUCUUCAGGGCUGGUGUGUGACGGAAAAGACGACUGUGAAGACGGCAGUGAUGAAGCUGAUUGUGAUGACGAGAGAUGUGGCAGUGAAGACUUCCAGUGCAGGAGCGGUCAGUGCGUGUCCCUCAGCGUGCGGUGUGACGGUGACCCAGACUGUCCGGAUCGCUCAGACGAGGAUGGGUGUGUCUUACCGGUGGAGUGUCCCGAUGAUCAGACUCGCUGCCUAAACACGCAGGAGUGUGUGCUGCAGGAGUGGAUCUGUGACGGAGAUGGAGACUGCCGGGACAUGUCUGAUGAACAGAACUGUGAAGAGUCUGUACAGCAGUGUGGAGAGUUUCAGUGGCGAUGUGCGUCGCGGCCUCAGUGUGUUCCUCAGAGCUGGCGCUGCGACGGCACCAAAGACUGCAGAGACGAGAGCGACGAAGCUGGAUGUGAACUUGCCGCGUCUUGCCCUCCUGAUCAGUUCCAGUGCAACAGUUCCGAGUGUUUGGACCCCUCACUGCUCUGUAACGGUAACGCCGACUGUGCAGAUGAAUCUGAUGAGGGCGGAGCUUGCACGAGUGACACAUGUUCUGACCAAUGUGCGCAUGACUGCUACAGCACGCCCAGAGGAACACGUUGCUGGUGCAGGAAAGGUUAUGAGCCAGUAGAGGGCGGUGAAGAGUGCGUGGAUGUGGAUGAGUGUGUGAAGACUCCAGACGUGUGUGAUCACUCCUGUAUGAACUCGGACGGCUCGUACGAGUGCUCCUGUAAUCAGGGGUAUGUCCUGGAGGUUGACGGACACAGCUGUGGGAUUACAGACGAGGCGUAUCUGUUGGCCUCUAUACAGUCAGACAUCUUCCUCAUGAACCUUACGGGCUCCAGGCUGGAGGUUCUCACCUCGGAACAGCAACCCGUCUCCUCUCUAGAUUACGACUGGAAGGAGAAAAAAGCGUACUGGAUCAGUAUGGAUUCUGAGGCCGUGAUGUGGACCACACUGGACCGGGAGAGCAGAGGAACUCUAUUCCAAGGUGUCAGGGCGGAGUGUGUAGCAGUGGACUGGGUGGGAAGGAAUCUGUACUGGACGGACGGUUCAGGAGGACAAAUAAAGGCUGUGGGGUUGGAGGGUUUUAUGGCGGAGCCUGUGGUUAUUGUAGAUGUAAAUGAUCCACGUUCGCUGGUGUUGCUCCCGCAAAAAGGUGUGAUGUUCUGGUCAGAAACGGCAGCAGCUCAGAUCGAGAGAGCAGGGAUGGACGGCUCAGACAGACGAGUGCUAGUACGGCAUCCUCUGCAGUGGCCCGUGGGAUUAGCAGUGGAUCUUCUCCAGGAUCGGCUCUACUGGACCGAUGAGAAACUGCACUGUAUCGGAUCGGCUACGCUGGAUGGAGAUGAUGUUAAAAUCCUGCAGCUGAUGGAGACCUGGAGUCCAUUCUCAUUAUCAGUGUUUGGAAAUGUUGUUUAUUGGUCAGACACACGCCGAGGAACCAUCCGGAAAGCUCAGAAGGCGACAGGAAAGCAGCAAGUGGUUCUGCUCAAGCAGCUCAGACAACCAUUUAGUCUUAAGGUGAUUCAUCCCCUGCUGCAACCGAGUGUUGAGAACCCGUGUGUGUUGAAGCGCUGUUCUCACCUGUGUGUCUUGGCACCUGGACUCGAAGCGGUGUGUAAAUGUCCACCUGACUUCCUGCUGGAUGAUGGACUGACCUGCUCCAAACCAGAAGGCGACGACACCUUCCUUUUGCUCUUGUCACCUACUUCAGUAUCACAGGUGUAUGUACACAGCAGGAAGUCAGGUGUUGGUCUUCAUGACUGGCCAAAGCAUCAGAGGUUUGACCUCCCCGGAGUGAGGGCAGCUUCAGCGUUGGACCUGGUCCUGAGGGAGCAGACGCUCUACAUUUGGGACACGGCUGCCAGUUCUAUAGGCACGUAUAAACUCAAGGAGGCAGCGGUAUCCCGGCGUGCGACGCUGUUCAAGCUGAAGAAGGGCUCAGUGGGAGCCAUGGCUGUCGAUUAUGUCACCCUGAAUGUGUUCUGGAGCUUCAGAGAUCAACCUGGAGUGUAUGUGAGCUCAGCAGACGGAACACACACUGCUCUGAUCAUUGAGAGAGGCACGGUGCGCUCCAUCGCCCUGCAUCCUCCAACAGGCCGGCUGUGUUUCAGUAACGCUGAGCCGGAAGGAGCAGGAACUCGCCUGGAGUGCGCCUACAUGGACGGACGGAACCGCAGCGUGGUUUGGGACGGAGCCAUCAAUCCGGUCUCACUGAGCCUGUCGUAUGAUGGGAGCAGGCUUUACUGGGCUGACACCAGUCUGGGACUCAUCGCCUCGGUUAGAAGUGAAGGAUCCGAACAUAAAGUUUUGAGAAGUCAGGAGCCUGUUGUGGCGUUUGCUUUAGCCAGCAGUGUCCUUGUCUGGCUCACUAAGACUGAUUCCACAAAGUGCUGGAUCAGUGAGGAUCACCAGACAAUGAAACUGUGGUUUGAGGUGAAAACGGAAGUCCUGGACAUGAAUGCUUUCUCUAAACCCAGUCAGAAGGGAAGCAAUUCGUGCUCUUUUGCAAAUGGUGGAUGCGGUCAGCUGUGCUUGGCGUUUCCUGGUGGAAGGACGUGUCUCUGUGGGCGGGGUUUCCACCUCACUGAUGAGACUAGCUGCGCCACCGACCCACGAUGCCCCUCAGGCACCAAGCCGUGUCUCCAUGGAGACGAGUGUGUCCCUCUGGAGCAGUUCUGCGAUGGUGAUGCAGACUGUGCUGACGACUCAGAUGAGAUCUGUGUCCAAGGCCAAUCUAAAUCUGCUGAGGGUGCCAAACCAAAAGUCCAUCCCAGCCAUACUUCUCCACUUUCACCAAGACCAAGAGCUUUUGAUGGCCCAUUUUUAGUGAAGGACGAGAGCUCCAGCAUUAACAUGUCUCCCGAAUCCUCUUAUCCAUUAGUUCCCGAUGCAGUUGGCGUUCCUAAAUCUCUCAAACCCGACUUGACCGACAUUAAGGUGGAAGGCGUGGACUCUGAACCGUGUGAGAUGAGGCUGUGUAACGGGAACGGCGAGUGUGUGAUGUCGAACGGACAUAUGGCGUGCGCGUGUGCAAAGGGUUACAAAGGAGACCACUGCGAGUUUAAGGCUGAUGGGGUGAUGCAGGGGCCGGUUAUUUACGCCACCAUGGGGUUGGCUGUCGGCAUCAUCGUCCUGGGAGCGAUCGUUGGGAUCGUACAGAAGAAGAAGGCUGCAAACCGGAGGCAAGCGAGACCGAUCGUGAGGGACACCAGCAUGAGGGAUCUGUCGAGUCCAGCCGAAACCGCGCCCACACAACAGAACAGUGGAUCAACGGAUCCCGAGAACCCGUAGCCACAGGAUAUGAGGUCAUCGGUCACGUCAAACUUCCUGUGCAGCGAUUUGAUAUGAAAUAAAGUUGCUGCUGUUUAAAAA